CGUCUAUCUGCUCUUGUCCAGUAAUAUCUCCUGAAUUGCUUGCUCUAGCAAAAACCCCAAAAUAGCGACACUAAGAUGGUAUUUUUCGGGAGAAAUCCCACCCCCCCAUGGGCUUUCUCGGUCAAUACCAGCACGCUACAGCUUGGGAGGUCCUAUAAAUGUUUACAAGCGCAUGUUCAUAUACUUACUCCCUUUUUUGUUCUCUCCCUCACCAUUAUUCGUUCCUAGUCGAUAUCGUCUCCGAUGUCUCAGUCAUCAGGCGCGGAAACAGUCUCCGCGCCACUUAAAUCGGAACUACCUCCUCUAACCAAGGAUACUGCAAACCAACCUGGCUUGACGGUUGUCUAUCAACCAAAGCACUGCAAACCUAUUGUGGAUAUCAUUUUCGUCCACGGCCUUGGUGGGCGUAGUCAUUAUACAUGGAGUUACCGAAGAGACUUGGAUCUUUUCUGGCCACAAUGGCUUCACUCCGAGCCGGGUCUGAGCGAGGCGCGGAUUUCAACAUACGGAUAUGACUCCAGCGUCUUCCCGGCAUUCACAAAGAAUUUCUCCUGUAUUGAUGAUUUUUCGCGGGAACUGCUUUUUCGGAUAAAGAUCGCUGCCGAUGAAGACAUGGGACAGACAACCUUUGGCCAGAUACCAAUAAUCAUAGUUGCUCAUUCGAUGGGUGGUCUUGUUGCAGAGCAGGCUUGUAACAAUGGCAUCAAGGACAUCCACUAUAAAUCGUUAAUCCAAUCGACCUGCGCUAUGAUUUUCCUUGGCACUCCCCAUCAUGGCUCUGGGGUUGCCGACCUGUUAGAUAACACGAUCAAAAGAAUGGGCCUUGGUUUCUUCUCGAAACCGUAUAUCACAGAGCUCCGGUCUGAUUCUCCCGUCUUAAACCAAAUCGAUAGGGACUUCCAGCGAAAUGUUCCCACAAUCCCGAUCGUAUCUUUCUGUGAGACGCGAGGAGUUCCAUUUACAACCCUGAUGGUGGUCGAGAAGAAAUCGGCAAUCCUGGGCUGUCCAGGAGAGAUUAUUGUGCCGUUGAAUACAAACCACCAUAUGAUUUGCAAAUACCGCAGUCGUCAGGAUGGAAACUAUAUUGCCUUACGGCAUGUUCUGAGAAAGUUAACCAUCAAUGCUACACGAAGACUGGCUCUUAACAAGCAACUGUGCAAUUCUGUCUGGCGUUGCUUUGGAAACGUGGAGUUUUUAGAUCAGGAUGACAGCGAAACUCUCUCGACGUGGCUUCCUGGGUCUUGCCAAUGGAUCCUCUCGGACAAAACUUUGAUAUCGUGGAAGUGUGACCAGAGGAAGAAACCCACAGUUCUCUUGAUGUAUGGACCACCUGGAUGUGGGAAGUCGGUCCUGUCAAAUUUCAUCGCACAGCAUCUCAAAACACUCAAAACACUCGCCAACCAUCCUUCAUGCUUUUUCUCUGUUCCUUCUGGUGGGAGAGAGUCUGUGUCUCCGGGUGAUCUACUCAAGUCGUUGGCUAAUCAGCUGUCCCAGCAAUCACCUGCCUUCCGGCAAGCAUUUGUCCAGUUUGCACAGCGGAUAGUCCGCUUCGAUCAUUCUUCCUGGUAUCCAUUUUGGGAGAUUUUUGUUGAAUGUCUCCUGAGCAUAGAAAUGGAAAAUAUAGUCUACUGGGUUAUCGAUGGAAUAGACCAGUGCCAGGAUUUGGAAUCUUUCACUUUGGCUUUGACAGAGCUCUCAGCCACUAAGAUCCCUCUACGAAUCCUGGUCGUGAGUGAAAAGUCUCCGUCAAGCCACCCCUUCAACAAACUGCGGGAGAAAUUCGAAUUCAUGGCCAUGAAUCUGAGCUCACAGGGUGGCAUAAGGAAUGACCUGCGACUCGUUGUAACGAAGCGAGUUGAAUGCAUGCGGGGUAUUGAUGAUCUAAAACAAGAGAUUAUAAACAGAAUCCUUUCUGUUGCUAACGGAAACUUUCUAUGUGCCGAUUUGCUGUAUCAAGAAAUUAGAAGGUGUCGGAGGAAAGAGAAAUUGCGCAGGAUCAUGAAUGAGUUUCAACAAGGCCUAACAUCCUACUACCAAAUAAUGGAAAUGGAGUUGAAAUCUCGCUGGACCGAAGACGACCAAGACGACGCCCGAGUCAUAAUGCCAUGGUUACUAUGCGCCUUUCAUCCGCUUACAAUCGACCAGAUACACAAUGGGAUGCAGUGUAUAGGGGUGGAAUUCAUUGACCUAGAACUUGUGAUUACUCGAGUUUGCGGGCGAUUCGUUACGAUUGAUAGUGAAUCUCGAGUAAAGCUGGUCCACCGAAGCGCUCGCCAGUUCAUUUCGGCUCAGAAUUCAGUACUCAGUAUUGAAAUGACCAUCGCCCAGAGCUCCAUUCUCAUGAGUUGUCUUCAGUGUUUUGACUCAAUUGAAAGUAACCAUAGAUAUCCAGUUAGCGAUCUCGGAUUUCCGGGAUACGCAAUGAGAUUCUGGUAUCGCCAUCUUGAAGAGUGUGAUGGCAAUGAAUCAGUACUGAGUAUGAUGACGAAAUUCUUCAAAGGAUGCGGCACUCUUGCAUGGAUUUUCUUGGUUUCGUCUGCGAAGGAACUGCAGCAUCUGACCGGAGCAGCGCUCGCGCUCAAUCGUUUCAUUCUCAAACUAAGAAGAGAUGGGCCCAAUGCCGAAGCCAUCUCGUUCCUCGAAGUUUGUGCCAUUGAUCUUUACAUGAUUUCCGAGCGUUUCUCUGGCCCUCUUCUCAGCGACCCAGCAGUUAUUUUCGAGCUGGUUCCUCUCUUCUGCCCAUCCAAGUCGUUCCCUAAACAGACCGGGAAGCGUUCCAAGAUUUCUAUUGAUGGGUUCCCUGACCAUAAGUGGGAUAACUAUACCAUGUCAUUUACACUGUACCAUGCUUGCCGUGGAUCAAAGGUCGUCAGUACAGACAGAAACUUCGCCGUCUCCACCUCAACCCAAGAAGGCCUCGUGCUCGUCUAUGAUAUGUCCAGAACCAGUCCUAUGCGAAAGCUGGUACAUCAGGAACGUGUAACGUCUCUUCGAUUCAAUCAUUCCACAACCAUCUUGGUAACAUAUGGCUCUAUUACAACCAAGAUAUGGGAUAUCUCUACCGGACACCUACUCCACUCGUUCACAAACACGCCCGAUACGAAUGUUCUUGCACUUACAUUCACACGAGAUGAUCAAACAUUACUCGCUUUCUGCGACGACUAUAUCCUCAGGAAAGGGUCGCUAAAUGGUUGUUCCCAGGACUGGGUGUCUGUCGAUCUCCGUUUACACGACAAGCACGGGAAUCGCUGGAUCAAUCCCUCUUGUGCUGCUUUUGACAACCAGGGUAUAUUACUUUCCAUUGGGUUCGCAAACGAUCCAAUAGAGAUUUGGGAUCUUCUAUCUUGUGCUUGUAUUAGUAGAUUCGGUGAAGAGGUCAACACACAAACCGGCUUAAAGCAGCUGGAAUGGAGCCCACGAUCUGACCGAAUCAUAGCCCGGCAGCAAAAUGGGUCACUCUUUGUAUUAGACAUUUCCCAUAAUGAGAUAAAAGCGACAUGUGCUGACAUAACAUCGACGAUGGCUUGCAAUCCAACAGCAGAGUUCCUGGUUACUGGUGAUAGGAUGGGUAUCAUGAAGGUUCGACGCAUAUCCGACCUAACGCUCCUAUAUCAGAUACAAGGCUCCGAAAGCAUCAUUGCAUUGUCAGUAGCACCAAACAGUGGAAUGAUUUACGAUAUUCAUGGCACCAACUGCACAGUUUGGGAGCCAUCGCUGCUGGCGAGGACGAUAGCCAGCAGUGAUGGUCGACAUAUAUCACGGUCUCCAGCAUUGCCAUUGCAAGCUCCCAGUCAGACUUCACAAUUUCCAUCUGUUACUGCUUUCGCACCGAGUAUGCAGUCAUCAACGUAUUGCACUGGUUACACAGAUGGAUGUGUUGUUGCUUCGCUGCAUGGGGGAAAGAAAAUUGACCUGAAUCUGCCAACCAAGAUGCGAAUUGAGCGCCUUCUCUGGAGCAAUGAUGGACGAUACCUUGCAGUUGUUGACCUUGCGGCCCGUGUUCUGGUCACGCUCUUCGACCCGCAAACUUUCCAGUUCCAGACAUUGAUCGCUUCCCGCUUGGAUUCGAGCGCCGAACAACUCCUGUUCAAUAAAUCUUCAAGGGCUUUUCUGGUGGUCACUGAGGAUAACAUCGUAGCUUGGGAUCUUGAUGAGAUGGUUAUGACGGCUAGCCGCCAUAACCUAGGAAGUCACAGCUGUUGGAUCACUCAUCCGACAAGGGACAACCUGUUGGUCGGAUUUGGCUCUCAAGGAUUACGUGAAGAACGAGCCAUCUGCAGUCACAAUACACCCUUCUCUGGCUACCUGCAAGGUCAAGAAGAUUCUUGUUUCUCCUGACGCGUCCAUGAUCCUUCUGGUCACAACUCGCGAGACUAAGGAAUCUAUAAGUGACUCGCAAUUUCUUCUGAUUUCUGUGACCGAUUUGGAUAGCGCAAUAAUGGACUCUAGAGAUGCGGUUCGUCCUAUCCCGCUUAUUGAAAGCCUCAGUGAUAUCAUUGCUAUGCCUCUUGGGCUCCUCUCCGGGAAAAGUAGCCAAGGGAGGCAGGAGCAGCUCGCAGGGGGGCGUC